AUGGGAGGUGUAGUUGUGGAUGACGGCGUAGGCGGAGUGAAAGCCCCUGAUGGGGGGUGGGGAUGGGCGGUGCUGUUCGGCUGCUUCGUCAUCACCGGAUUCUCCUACGCCUUCCCCAAGGCCGUCAGCGUCUUCUUCAAAGAGCUGAUCCGAGAGUUCAGCGUCGGAUACAGCGACACCGCCUGGAUCUCCUCCAUCCUGCUCGCCAUGCUCUACGGCACAGGUCCUUUAUGCAGUGUGCUGGUGAACCGCUUUGGGUGCCGUCCAGUGAUGAUGGUUGGGGGUCUUUUUGCAGCUUCUGGAAUGGUUUUAGCAUCGUUUGCUAGGAGCAUUAUCCAUAUCUACUUAUGCAUCGGAGUGUUAACUGGUCUCGGACUGGCCCUGAAUUUCCAGCCGUCUCUUAUAAUGCUGAACCGAUACUUCAGUGAAAAACGUCCUCUGGCAAACGGCCUGGCCGCUGCAGGAAGCCCUGUAGCCCUAUGCUGCUUGUCUCCACUUGGACAGGUUCUGCAGUACCGCUACGGCUGGCGAGGGGGCUUCCUCAUCCUGGGGGGCAUGCUGCUCAACUGCUGUGCCUGCGGGGCCCUGAUGAGACCUCUGACGGCCCCAAAGAAAGCAGAGAAUUCUGGGAUUGAGGAAGUUUAUGAGCAUGAAGAGAAACCCAAAGCCAAGGCCAAAGCCAAGCUCCUGGACUUCUCUGUGUUUAAAGACAGAGGGUUUCUGAUCUACACUAUUGCUGCUUCCAUCAUGGUUCUGGGUCUGUUCGUUCCCCCAGUGUUUGUGGUGAGCUACGCCAAGGAACUGGGAAAUGAAGACACUAAAUCAGCUCUUCUGCUCACCAUCCUAGGCUUCAUAGACAUCUUCGCCCGGCCCACGUGCGGAAUAAUCGCUGGUCUGAAGUGGGUGCGUCCACGCUGCGUCUACCUAUUUAGCUUCGCACUCAUCUUUAAUGGCACAACUGACCUCAUUGGUUCCCAAUCCAAAGACUACGCCUCGCUGGUGGUCUUCUGCAUCUUCUUCGGCAUCUCCUACGGCAUGGUAGGAGCCCUUCAGUUUGAGGUUCUCAUGGCCAUUGUGGGCACACAAAAAUUCUCCAGUGCUAUUGGACUGGUGCUUCUUGUGGAAGCCAUAGCUGUGUUAGUGGGACCUCCCUCUGCAGGUCGUCUUCUGGACUACACCAAAAAUUACAUGUUUGUGUUUCUACUGGCUGGUACAGAAGUGGUGCUCUCCGCUCUGGUGUUAGCCAUUAGCAACUUCCUCUUCAUUAAGAAGAAGCCCCAGGAGGCAGAUGCUGCAGUUGAGGCUGGAGAAGUGGUUGGAGAACUGGAGCAGCUCAGCAACAACCACACAGAGGAUCUAAAGGAACCUAAUGGAGAUACAGAGAAAGAGAAAGACCUGAAUGAGCAGGAGGCCAAAGCAGAGAUUGUGGAAACGACACCAGAAGAAACAGCCGUUCACGAUGAACAUGUCCAUAAUGGUGGCGUCAGUCCAAAUCCUGAGACCAGCCUGUGAGGAGGAGGGAGGGUUAUGGUGGCACCAGACCAAAACACUCGCCAAGAAUAUUGAACAUGAUUUAAGGAAAGAUUAAAAGUGUCUGAAUUAGAGGUAAAGAUCGUUCUCAGUAUUAGCAAGAGCUGUCUACAUGUUACUCUGGUCUGUAAUCUAUCUGAAGACUCUCAACAGUGAACAUUACUUGAACUUGUGUGGACCAGAUCACCUUUUCACUGUGCACUUCUACACAGAAGACAAACACAACAGGCCUGUAAUGAACACAGAUAUGGAGAUGCAGAAGUUAAAGGUCAAUGCAAACACCAGUCAGGUGCCAGCUAGGGCCAAACUGGUACGAAAAUGUUGUGCAAGAUUAGAAUUUUUAAUCUUUGAGGUGCUGUGACCAAUACGCUGACUAAUAUCAGCUAUAAUUUCACCAGUUUUACAACAUAAAUAUCACUACUGUUGAUAUUACAUUGUUGGCUGGUAUAUCGGCCAUGCUCUAGUGCCAGUACAGCUGUAAACCCAGUUCAAGUGCAUUAGUGUCCCACUGCCUUCAGACAUAAUCCUUGUUUGGCCUUAGUGUUCGGUCAAAUGUGUAAAUGUGCUGCUAUCAGUUAAUACUGUCAUUGUUUUUCUAUUAGCUUUAGCUGUGGUCUGUGUACAGACUCAUGUGCUGUUUUCCAGAACAUCAAUCAAGCCUCACCUGGACUGGAAAUCCAAACAUUGAGCCAUCACUGAACUUUGUUAUUAAAAUGGAUAUUUAUCGUUUUAAAACUUGAUGGAAAGUACUUAAUAUAUAUUCACAUCAGGUGUCUUAUCCAUCCAUACCUGUGUUUAAUAGCUUUUUUAUGCGGUUUAACAAUGAUGAUAAAUUCCUCAGAGAGACUGUAGCUCUAACUAAGUGUAAAUCAUAAUAUCUACAUUAAGUAUGUUAUUAAUAUUCACCCUAAUGACAGAUGCGCAGUACUGUUAAAAAGUUUUGCUCAGCUACACAUUUCUAUAGUUUUUGCUCAUACUCACAUUUUUAAGAUUAACAUACAUCACACAAUUAUAACAAAAAUUAGUUUUUAAAUGAUAAUUAAAUUUCUUAAGGGACACAAUCUAUCUAUCCAAACCAGCCUGGCCCUAUGUGAUAAAGUAUUUGCCCCUAAAUCUAAUAACUUAGUUGUGCCACCCUUGGCGGCAAUAACUGUAAUCAAGCGUUUUUGAUAACUGACAGUAAGUCGUUAAUUUUGUUUUUUGAGCCAGGUGGACUUCCUGGUUUAAUUCAGAUUAUUUACAUUGAUCAUUGAAUUAUUGUCAAUGACCUUAACUGCAGGGGGUUUAGGUUCUUUAAAAUGUUGUUAUUUCUGACCUCCUGGAUGAGUUGUCCAUGCUCUUUUGGAGUAAUUUCAUUAGGCCGGUCACUCCUGGGAAGGUUUACCAGGGUUCCAUGGUUUCAAGUCAAUGUGUUCUAAUCUGUUCUUGAGUUUCUUCCAAUGGGAGCAUAAAGUGUUGCUUUUUGAUACAUUUUAUCCUGCUUCAUGUUGUCAGACAGGUUAUGUUUAAAUGAUUAAUUGAUUUUACAGGUCUGGCAGCAAUCAGAUUGUGGCAAGAGAAAUUUAACUCAGCUUUCCAAAAAUGUUGUUAACCACAGUAAAUUCAUGGGUGGCGGGGCAAUUGCUUUUUUACAUAGAGCCAGUUUGCUUGGAUAGCUUUUUUCCCUUAAUAAAUGAAAUCAUAAUUUUAAAACAGCUGUUUUUCUCAGGUUAUCUUUGUCUGAAGUUUUUUUGAUAAUCUGAAGAAGUAUGACAAAAAAAAAGCAAAAACACAAGAAAUCUAUAUGGGGACAAAUACUAGGUUAAAUAUUAACAAAACUCUAAAUGUAGGUAUUGUGAUAAACACUAAGGCAGAGGUACAGUCACUCAUUAGGGUUGAAUGAGCAAUGGUAGCUACAGAAGAACACAAUAAUGGGUGGAGUCUGGAGGGCAUCUUUUUUUAGAACAGCAACAUCCUGUAAACAAACUCUAUUUUUUAGUGUGACAGUUGUUUAUUGUGGCUAUUUUUAUUAUUAGUGCAAUACGUUAUUUAUUGAACACUAUUGAAAAUGUGUCAUAUUUGUGUGUAACAAUUUUCGUAGCCUCCUGUCACUUUAUGCUGGUCUAAGUUUUGCCUAAUGAGUGAAAAUUCUGUAUUCUUGUUCGGACCGAGUGUCAUUAAAGGACCGUCUGAGAGACAUUUUGUUUUUUUUUACGUACCUAAUCUGCCUAAUGUUCACUGGCACUGAUACACUAUAUGGACAAAAGUGUUGGGACAUCUGUUUAUUCAUUGUUUCUUCUGAUUUUUUUUAAUCAAGAGUAUUAAAAAGAGUUGAUCCUGC